AUGUUUUUUAAUUUCAUUUUCUUCCUUGAUUCAUUUUUGUCUUUCUUUCUUUUCUUUCUUUCUUUAAAAAUUUUUUUCUUUCUUUCUUUUAUUCUUUCUUUCUUUAUUUCUUUCAUUUAUUCUUUCUUUCUUUCUUUCUUUCCUUCUUUAUUUCUUUCUUUCUUUUGUUCUUUCUUUCUUUCUUUCUUUCUUUCGUUCGUUCGUUCGUUCUUUCUUUCUUUCGUUCGUUCGUUCUUUCUUCUUUCAUUCUUUUCUAAUUUCCGUUUCGCAUUAUCUCCUAUGUUUUUUAAUUUUAUUUUCUUCCUUGAUUCAUUUUCUUUUUUCUUUCUUCUUUCUUUUUUCUUUCUUUCUUUCUUAUCUUUUUCUUUCUUUCUUUUAUUCUUUCUUUUCUUUAUUUCUUUCAUUUAUUCUUUCUUUCUUUCUUUCUUCUUUUUUCUUUCUUUAUUUCUUUCUUUUCUUUUUUUCUUUCUUUUCUUUCUUUUCUUUCUUAACUUUCUUUUAUUUCUUUCUUUUUCUUUCGUUCGUUCGUUCUUUCUUUCUUUCUUUUCAUUCUUUUCUAAUUUCCGAAAAAUUUCUUUAUUUCUUUCUUUGUUUCUUUCUUUCUUUUGUUUUCUUUUUUUUCUUUUUUCUUUUCUUUCUUUCGUUCGUUCGUUCGUUCUUUCUUCUUUCAUGAGUAAUUUCCGUUUCGCAUUAUCUCCUAUUUUUUUUUCAUUUUUCUUCCUUUUCAUUUUUUUCUUUCUUUCUUUCUUUCUUUUUCUUUCUUUUUUUUUUUUCUUUCUUUUUAUUUAUUCUUUCUUUUUUUAUUUCUUUCUUUAUUUCUUUUUCUUUUUUUCUUUCUUUCUUUCUUUCUUUCUUUCGUUCGUUCGUUCUUUCUUCUUUCAUUCUUUUCUAAUUUCCGUUUCGCAUUUCUCCAUGUUUUUUAAUUUCAUUUUCUUCCUUGAUUCAUUUUUGUCUUUCUUUUCUUUCUUUUUCUUUCUUUUCUUUCUUUUUUCGUUUCUUUCAUUUAUUCUUUCUUUCUUUAUUUCUUUCAUUUUUUCUUUAUUUUCUUUCUUUUCUUUUUUUCCUUCUUUAUUUCUUUCUUUCUUUUGUUCUUUCUUUCUUUUGUUCUUUCUUUCUUUCUUUCUUUCUUUUGUUCGUUCGUUUCGUUCUUUUUCUUUUUUCAUUUCUUUUCUAAUUUCCGUUUCGCAUUAUCUCCUAUGUUUUUUAAUUUCAUUUUCUUCCUUGAUUCAUUUUGUCUUUCUUUCUUUCUUUCUUUCUUUCUUUCUUUCUUUCUUUCUUUCUUUCUUUCUUUUCUUCUUUCUUUCUUUCUUUCCUUCUUUAUUUCUUUCUUUCUUUUGUUCUUUCUUUCUUUCUUUCUUUUCUUUCGUUCGUUCGUUCGUUCGUUCUUUCUUCUUUCAUUCUUUUCUAAUUUCCGUUUCGCAUUAUCUCCUAUGUUUUUUAAUUUCAUUUUCUUCCUUGAUUCAUUUUGUCUUCUUUUCUUUCUUUUCUUUCUUUAUUUUCUUACAUUUUUCUUUUUUUUCUUUUAUUCUUUCUUUCUUUUUAUUUCUUUCAUUUAUUCUUUCUUUCUUUCUUUUUUUUUUUUCUUUAUUUCUUUCUUUCUUUUAUUUCUUUCUUUUCUUUUCUUUCUUUCGUUCGUUCGUUCGUUCUUUCUUUCUUUCUUUUCGUUCGUUCGUUCUUUUCUUCUUUUCAUUCUUUUCUAAUUUCCAGUUAGGGCAUUAUCUCCUAUGUUUUUUAAUUUUUAUUUUCUUCCUUGAUUCAUUUUUGUCUUUUCUUUAUUUUCUUUCUUUCUUUCUUACUAUUUCUUUCUUUCUUUUAUUUUUUCUUUCUUUACUUCUUUCUUUAUUUCUUUCUUUCUUUUGUUCUUUCUUUCUUUCUUUCUUUCUUUCGUUCGUUCGUUCAUUCUUCUUUCAUUUUUUCUAA